AGAGUCAAGACUCACUCCCCCAAGAGUGUCAGUACGGCGUCGGUGGUGGUUGCUGCUACACGCCUGCAGCGAGACGAGUGUUCUUACCCUCGCGAUAUCCGUGUCGUGUCAAUGACUCGCUCGACGCGCUCGAAAUCAUCAUCGCCACUGACUGAUCAUCGCGAACGCAACGCCGCGUGAACGCGCGUAGUCUUUGUCGUUCGGGGGUGGGUCUCGCGAUUCAAAACGGGCGCCAGGAAUUUUCCGGACGAUACAUGAAACUACGAAUGUUGACGAAUGGUGCUGGUGAAAAAUACGUCCCCCACGCGCGGCUCGAGCCCCCAACGAGAAAAUGGGAAAAAUGAGAUGUCCAGAAGACAAAAAAAGACAAAUUCUCAACGACGUUCGCGCGGGAACAGUCCCGCCAAUCAAACUGGUUCUCGAGGAAGUAGUCCAGCAAAGAACGACAGCUCCGACUCCAAGGGAAAGGGGAAAAGUGCACUAUUGCAUUCGCGGGGCAACGAGAUUGGUAGCAUCGAAAGAUUGAUAGACGGCGAUAAACGGGUAAUCGCGACGAAGCAUCUACUUCCAGAAAACAACAUAAAUGUCGUCGUCAGAGUUCGUCCGCUCAGUAAUAAGGAGAUUAAAGCCGGUGACGAAAUGGUCGUGCAAUUUCCCGGUGACGGACAAAUCUACUGCGAUGCAGUUUCGAGCAGCGGCGACAAGAAGCCGAAGGUAUUUUCCUACAACGUUGUUUUCGAGCCGAACGCUACGCAGGAGGAUAUCUUGCAGUACUCUGGCAUUAAAAACCUCAUCGAGAUGGCCGUGGAAGGCUUCAGCUGCACCGCGUUUUGCUAUGGACAAACCGGAAGUGGCAAGACGCAUACCCUGACUGGACCUCCGAGACUCUUCGAAAGGAUGGAUCCGUACUCGGAGGACCAUGGUCUGGUCUUCCGUUCCUUCGUCUACCUGUUUAAAGUCCUUCAAGAACAUGACAACUGCAAUUUUGUGUUAAAGGCUUCUUUCCUGGAAAUCUACAAUGAGAAGGUGAUAGAUUUGUUAAAUCCUGGUACUUCGAGAAAACCUCUGGCAGUUCGAUGGAGCAAAAAAACGCGUGGAUUUUUCGUUGAAAAUCUUUUCACGGUGGAAUGUGAAGAACUGGACGAUCUCUUAGCAGUUCUUGAAGAAGGAAUGAGACAUAGAUCUAUCGGUUCGCACAAUAUGAACGACUAUUCUAGCAGAAGCCACUCGAUUCUGACUGUAAAUAUAACUUCUGAACAAGCGAUGGAGAACGGUGUGUUUAUCUCGAAACAAGGCAAAAUUAAUUUCGUGGAUCUUGCUGGAAGCGAGAUGACAAAGAAAACCCAGAGCGAAGGCAAAACCUUAGAGGAAGCGAACAACAUUAACAAAAGCCUCAUGGUAUUAGGAUACUGCAUUGCUUCCUUGAGUGACGGAAAACGAAAGUCAGGCCAUAUUCCUUAUCGAGAUAGCAAAUUAACGAAGCUCCUGGCGGACAGUCUCGCCGGAAAUGGCGUCACCUUGAUGAUCGCCUGUGUUUCGCCAGCUCGCUCGAAUGCCAGCGAAACCUUAAACACCUUGAGAUACGCCGCGAGAGCCAAGAAGAUUUUCACGAAACCUCUUAUAGUGAUGGAUCCACGCGAAGCUCUAAUUCUCACCUUGAAACGAGAGGUGAAAGCUCUCGAGGUCGAGAACGAGCAUCUAAGGACAGCUCUUCAUCUCAGCACCGAGGCGAUGCGCAGCGAAUCCAAAACUGACCGACGACUACUCGUGACACCGCCAGAGGUGGACUUUGACAAGUUAGCCGAGAUGGAGACGUCGGAACUGAGCAAAUUGAUCCGAGAAUACAUACAGGAGAACGAAGAGCUACGUCGCGAAAAUGCGGAGCUCUUUAUCACGCGAGACCAGGUGAUACGCGACCAGGAACUCGUUUGUCGGGAAAACGAGAGAUUGCUUAGGAAGCUCGAGGACGUGAACUCCGUAUGCUGCCGAUCACCCAUAAUACCGGCGAAGCCUUCGUACGCGGCGGAAUUAUUCAAUGAUAACAAUGAGGACGUACCUGGUGCAACCAACGUCUGGACCAAUCCGAACGCCGCUCCCAGUCCGAUAUACUCCUUUUCGAAGCAUACGCUAGGCAGCGGAUUGUAUGUCGGCAGAUCGGCCGGCAGCAUGCCGGAAAAAGUAUUGAAGGAACUUGACAGACGCAGGAUCGUCGGUAGUUACAAUAAUAUCGCCGAAGCUUAUAAAGAUAAAAGCAAUCAUCGCCGCCACAAUUCGUGGGACAAUGGCAACCGGCCUCUGAUCAGCCCGGAACAAAGAAUUUCUCCGGUGGAUAUAAAUCAUCAAGGUCGAAGGAUGACCUCGCGGCGCACCUCGACGGUUCCUGAGGAGGGCAAGCCUCCGCCGUCGAGGUCAAACAACCCGGCCGCUGCGGAUGACAGUACCAAUACUACCGUGAUGCCCGCCGAGCAAUCUAACGGCUCGCCCGAUUCGAUUCUGAGCGGUACCCUCGACGAAGGCGCCAAUUCCACCCCUAACAGUACCGCGGACUCGGCUACCCCCACCGUCCCCUUCCCGCCGAUAUCGCAUUCACCCCCGUCGUCCUUCGUGACGGCGGAACCGGAACCGAAAUCGCGGAACCGGAAGCAGUCGCAGUCGCGAGCCAGCAACGGCAGGAGGAACGCCGAAGAAAGGGACAAGGACGAGCAAAGGGUGUUCGGCAGCCCGGUCUCCGUGGACAGUGAUGACACGCGGUUUUAGAUUGUGAAUCUCAUUAAAUUACCGACGCAGAAAUUACGAACGAUCUCUUAAUGCUGUUAACAGUGCUGCGAAAGAACAUAUUAGAGGGAGCAAACUCUCUCCUUGUUCUUUAACUUACGGGAAACAUCGAACAAUGUUACAUUACGACGUUGAAUGAACGCGUUUAUUUAUAAUUAAUCGUAUACGAUAUAUCUAUACUUGUAAAAUACACUCCCAUACUUGUCAGACAAGUCGUUUUUCUUAGCUUACGUGCCUUCAUCGAAGACCUCAGAGAGAAAUGGGAAACAUAAGAGUUGUACAGAAUAACGUAUAGACGAAUUAAAAUUGUAAAAAGUGGAUGAAUUAAAAGAUGAACUGAAAGAAAA